AUGCGCAGGGCAAAUCCUUCCCUUCUAACUUCAGAAAUGGCCUCUUUCAGCUUCUCUGAAGAAAAGAACGAAGCUCUUACGGAUGAUUUCUUUCGCGAUGAAAGCGAUAUCGGUAACAUUUUUGCUGAGUUUGGUAUUAACCGAGAUAAUACUGCGGAUGAUUUGUCGUUUUUGAGUACUGAGAAAACCGCCAACUCUAAAGGAUCAACCAUUAAAGUAAAGGAAGAGGCCUCUAAAACAAAGGUAGAUAGUAGCACUAGCAAACCCUCGCCGCAUCCUAAUUCAAUUCCCGCGAAUAUCAGUAAUAGUGUUAGCUUAUCAGAAAUUGCUCAUUAUAAUGCUGGAAUACAACCAACGAACUAUGAUACUGAAAUACAGCGAACAAGACAGACUUCUACUAGUUCACAAGAAAUCAAUACAAUAGCUGCAGAAAAUAUCAACAAGGCCGAUAAUAAUAUAAUCGCAAAAAACUUGAAUGCUAAUUCUGAAAAACCAGGAAAGAAUACAUACAUCGAAAAUAAUAUUGAACCAGAAGACUACCAAAUUUCCUUUGCAAAUAAUUCCCUUUAUCAGAAAUUUGAAAGAAAAGUUAACAAUUUAUCCGGAUCUCAAGAGAAAGUGUUGGAAGAAGCAAUUAAUAAUAGAGAUUUAUUCAUUAUUGUUGAUGAUGUCAAAAGAUACCCAGAUAAUUAUCGCUAUCAAAAGACACAACGUGCAUACUAUGUCUCAUUCACACUAAAUAUAGACGCUAAACAAGCGCAACAAAUCCAAUACUAUGAAGUAAAAUCUGCUGGAAAGGACGAUUUGCAAGCCUACGGUAAGAGCGUGGAAAAAUUUGAGGCGAAAGUUCGAGGAUUAUGGUCGAAUGUUCCUACGUCCUCAAUCGAAUUGUAUAUGAAAAAACUGAUCAAUGAAAAUGUGACACUAAGAUAUCUAGUUGUUGGCAAUAGCAAGAAAAUUGAAAUUUCUAACGCAACAGUAUCCGAUAAUAUUGUUCGUGUAUAUGGAUAUAACUUGAGCGAAGAGUCAUCGUCGUCAUUAUCCCAGUUAUCCGUUUCAUCAUUGCAUAAUGAAGGCUGCAGGAAUAUGUCAAACCCCGAAAAUGCCUACGAACGCUGGGUUGGUAGAAUCAUAGGAAUUCCGGAUAAUAUAAAUUUGGAAACUUGGUUUGCUACUCACCGAGAUUCUGUAUACUUGAAAGCUAGCAUUAAUGGUGUACUUCUUGCGCCUGAUCACCUAGAAAUGUCCUCGUCUCAUCCUAUUGUUGUUUAUCACGCGCCGAUUGAAGAGGAAAGGCUAAAAAGCUCUAUUCAAUCACCUGCUGAUCAGGCACCUAAUCGUGCCGAUACAGAUGCUAAUGGUGAAUUACCUGUCUUGAGCUCGAGUUCAUCUACUUCUUCUAUUACUUCCGCAUCCUCCACGACUAUUAAAUCUCAAGGCAAACGAAUAAGUGCUACAGUGAAAAAAAUAAAAACAGCUAUUGGAAAGACAGAUAAAGUUACCAGAAAUCGUAGUUCUUCUGCUGUAACAGGAGCUGUAACAACACAAGCCGUUGAUAAUGCACCUCCAAACGAUAAACUCAUAAAGCAGCCCGUUGUGCUAGCAGUGACGGUAUCUAAAGAGGACAUGCUUACAAAAGAAAUUCGACGUCUUCGAGAGCAACUGCUGCGUUUAAAAUGGGAAAAAAAUAACAUCCCUCCUGUUAAAGAGACAAUAAAAAAAAUCGUACUUGGCCAGCCUUAUUUUCUUGAUGGGUAUAAAGAUAUGAAUGAUAAACUUGCUCUACUAAAAGAAGCGAUAAGAUCGGAUGAUGGAAAUGCCAUUUUAAUUUUAAAGGACCAUCCAGUUGCAACAGAUCAAUAUUUACAUUAUCUAAAAGUUGCAUCGGAACAUAAAGAUCUAAUUGAUAUGUACAGUGUUUUAGGUCGAACCCAAGAAUUUGCCGCUUUAAAAUAUAAGUUAGCUUUAGUUGGUGGAGAUCCUCAGGUUAAAAUCCAGAACUUAGAAGAGCUUAAAAAAGAAUUCAAAUAUGACAGACAAUUGUCAGUUUUUAGUGCAAUAGUUAGCCAGCAAUGCUCUCUGAUAAAACGCCAAAUAUCGAUUGAGGCUCAAGAUAGUGUACUAAUUUCUGGAGAAUCUAAUGAAAUGCUGGUCAAGUAUCCACCCACUGGAUCAAUAUUUGAACACUCCUUAAUUAAGACUUUGAACUAUUGUGCAAAAUAUCAUAGCAGCCUGCCACAAGAUCACUUCAGCAGCCCACAUUCGGUUCAUAAGGAGAAUAAGUUAACAGAGAGGCAAUUUAUUAUGGCAACUGUCGAUGCUUAUGUGAAAACUGAUCAGCUCCAAUAUAUUGAAAAUUUUAAUAAAACUAAGAGUAAAUUCUUCAACUUUGGUUCAAAAUCCUCGACACCAAACGAAACCAUCUUACAAGCAUUAGUUAGUGCAAAAGCAUCGGAAGAGACCGCGACUAAGUACCUAAAAAAUAUCGAAAAUGUGACUGCCAGAUAUGAUUUAGCUAAGCGAUUCCGGUAUCACACUAUUGCCGUCGAGUGCCUCAUUUCUCUUCGAAACCGCGACGAAUUAGAAGAGUACUGUACAAAAAUAAAGAGAAAUUCGCCUGCCUAUUCAGUAGCUGCUCAAGCAUUAGUAAAUCCGAAUUCUUUAGCACGACUAUAUAAAUAUUAA